AACCAAAGACAGAAAGUAAAAAUUAAUAAAAAAAAAAGCUUAAAAUGUAGUGUCAAUCGAACCCAAAUCGAUUGUAUAACCAUAACCUCAAUUACGAAUCUGUCAAAAUCUCCCUGCAAAAAUUUUAGUAAAAUUUCCAUAGAAACCGUUUUAAAAUCAUGUCUGCAGUUGCAAAAGGAAACUAUUUGAGUCGAAUGUGGAGUACUUCUCCUGAAAUAGUGGGGAGUUCGUUUAUGGCUGCAAUAGGGAUUGGUUUGGCAGGAUUGGGGCUUUACACUUAUUACAGCAAGGAUGGUGAUAAUAGGAGAUACAAAUUCCAAUAUACCGUAAUAAGGGAUGAUGAUCCUCGUGCAGCUAAAGUGCGCAAAGAUUAAAUGAAAAGGGAAUGUCUUAGAAGGUUGAAAUGUAAAUAAAAAGUAUAGAAUAAAAUUCUUAAUUGUC